UGACAAGAACAGUGAAUGGGCAUAGACGAGAGCACCUUCCAGGAACCUUACUUCAUUGAUAAGUAAAGUCUGUAUAUAUCAGCCUAGGAUACUCUGCUCUAUUUAACACACUAAAUCGAACAUCGUAGUUCAGCAUCCUUAGUUGUAGUUUGGUUUCUUUAACAUGGGAAAACAUGGUGAGGAAGAAGAGUGUUCACGCUACGAUGUGUUCAUUAGUUUUAGAGGAGAAGAUAUUAGGAACACCUUUCUACGGCAGCUCCGUGAAGGGUUGGGUAGGAGGGGAAUACUCAGUUUCCAUGAUGACAGGGAUAUGAGGAUAGGGACAGGUCUUUCACUUGCUCUGCGUGAGGCCAUUGCAGAAUCUAAUGUUUUCAUAGUUGUGUUUUCUGAGAACUAUGCAUCUUCCACAUGGUGUCUCGAUGAACUUGUUAAGAUUAUCCAACGCACCCACAUGAACAGUAAGCAAAUUUUUUUUCUUCCAGUGUUCUACCAUGUAGAUCCCUCAGAUAUACAGAAAAUCAGAAAUAGUUUUGGAAAACACAUGACGGCACACGAAGAGUUUGGAGAAGAGCCGCAGAAAGUGCAGGCUUGGAGGUCUGCUUUGUCUGAAGCAGCUAACUUGCCAGGGAUGCAUAUUACCACCACCACCAGGUCUGAAAAGGAUUAUAUUGAAGAAAUUGUUGGGAAGAUCCAAAGGAAUCUAGGUCGUAAACCUUUACAUACUGGGCAGAACCCUCUUGGACUUGAGCCCCACAUAGAAAAGGUUAUGUCACUUUUGGACAUUGAUGACAACACUGUAAAAAUGUUGAGCAUAUGUGGACUUGGUGGAAUUGGAAAAACGGAACUUGCCAAAGCUUUGUAUAACAAAAUUGUGCGACACUUUGAUGCUGCAAGUUUUCUUGCCGGUGUUAGAGAAAAAUCAAACACAAUCAAUGGCAUGGAAGAUCUACAGAAGACACUUCUGUCUGAGAUGUUUGAGGAGUCGGAAACUAAGUUGGGAAGUACCAAUAAAGGAAUUUAUGAAAUAAAACGAAAGCUUCGCCGAAAGAAAGUUCUUUUGGUUCUUGACGACGUUGAUGAUAAAGAAAAGUUAGAAAAGUUGGCAGGAGGGUGUGAUUGGUUUGGUCCAGGUAGUAGGAUCAUUAUAACGACAAGGGAAAGAGAUCUCCUAAUUGCUGGAAAUGUUUAUGAAAUGAAGGAACUUGAUGAACAACAUUCUUUGGAGCUCUUUUGUUGGAAUGCCUUCGGACAAGAUUGUCCUAAAACUGGUUUUGAAGAUGUGUCUAUGCGUGCUGUAAAUUACGCUAAAGGUCUUCCACUGGCUUUAAAAGUGCUAGGCUCUGAUUUAGCUACUCUUCAUGGAGGAAGCUUAGAUGCUUGGGAAGAUGCAUUGGAAGAAUAUAAGAAGACUCCAAAUAAAAAGAUUCAAGAUAAUGUGCUUCAAGUAUGCUACGAUAGAUUGGAUGAUGAUGCCAAACAAGUUUUCUUGGACAUAGCUUGCUUCUUUAAAGGGGAGAAAGUGGAAUGCGUGAACAAAAUACUUGAGGAAUUUUAUUCAGAAUCCAAAAUGAAUGAACUUGUUAAUAAAUCUCUCAUAACUAUCGACAAUGGCUGCCUCAAGAUGCAUGAUCUAAUACAAGAUAUGGGUAGACAGAUUGUUAGGCAGGAAGCACCAAAUCCUGGUAAACGUAGCAGAAUAUGGGAUUAUGAAGAUGUUCUUCAAAUACUAACCGAAGAUUCAGGAAGUGAUAAGAUUCAAGGGAUUAUGCUUGAUCCUCCUCAUCAAGAAAAGGUAAAAUGGAGUGGUACUGAGUUUGAGAAAAUGAAAUGCCUCAGAAUUCUCAUUGUUCGAAACACAUCCUUUUCAUCUGAACCUGAACAUUUACCAAAUCAUUUAAGACUGCUUGACUGGGACAACUAUCCUUCUAAGUCUUUCCCACCAAAAUUUCAUCCAAAGAAAAUCGUUGUUUUCAAUUUGCCUAGAAGUUGUCUAACAUUCCAAGAGCCAUUCAAGAAAUUUCCGUGCUUGACUAAGAUGGACUUUUCAUAUAACCAAUGCAUCACUGAAAUACCUGAUGUGUCCGAACUCCAGAAUCUAAGAGAACUGAGAGUUAAUCAAUGUAAAAACCUAAUUGCAAUCCAUGAAUCGGUUGGAUUUCUGAAAAGACUUGCUCAUUUAAGUGUUUCGGAAUGCACAAAGCUUCAAAAUGUCAUGUCCAGAAUGUUUCUACCAUCUCUAGAAGUCUUUGACCUCAAUUUAUGUGAAAGCCUUGGUCAUUUCCCAGAGAUAAUGCAAGAAAUGACCAAACUCAUUAUUGUAAGUGUAAUUUUACUAUUACAAUUCUAUAAAGACGUAUUAUUUAUUAUAAUAUAAUAGUUUAAUGUUAUUGUAAUAAAAUUCAAAAGAUAAAAGAUUUAUAUUUAUAUUUAAAUUAUUAUUAGUUUUGGUGUUUUUAAUUUAAAUCCUAUUGGACUCGGUCGAACAAAUAGGUUUGACUAUUAAUUGAUAAAUUGAUGGUGCAACCGAAUAUACAUGUUUGAAUACGAAUUCAUGAGUGUAUAAAUAGGAUUUAAAAAGAUUGAAUAAAUCUUUUAAUUUUUUUUAUUGGAUGCUAGAUUCUCUGACACAUAGUCUCUAUCCUCACUCAAAACGAGGACGAACGCGUGGAACGAGACAGAGAGGUCUCCAGUUCCAUAAUAGAGUAAGACCGAGAGGUUUACUGUCGGUUUGAGAGAGAAACCGAGUGUAAUAGAUAUAGCAAGGAACGAUCAUAAGGAAGGGAGAUAAUAUAUUACUAUCCCAAGAACAAUACAUUGAGAAGCUUCUUAAGAAGUUUGGGUAUUAUGAUUUCAAACCCGUGAGUACCCCUUAUAAAGUGGAACCUGUCAAGGUUGAACGUAUGACUGAACCUUCCAGUGCAGAAUAUUUUUACUCACAAAAAUAUGAGUUAAACAAAUAUAUUAUAAUAUAUAAAUGAUAAUGAAAAGCGGUAAAUCCAUUUUUUUUAAAAAAAGAAAUAAAAUUUCGACUAUAUGCCGCGGUUCAACCGCGGCAUAUAACUCAAGAAUAUGCCGCGGUUAGUGUUAAAACCGCGGCCAUAUGUCUCGUUUUUAAAAAAAAACGAAACACUUCCCUCUAAGAAGCUGGCCGUGGAGGGUUACCUCCACAUAGCUAUUUAGCAAGCUGAGGUCUCGUUCGUUAACGGAAUUAACCAGACAAAUCGCUCCACCAACUAAGAACGGCCAUGCACCACCACCCAUAGAAUCAAGAAAGAGCUCUCAGUCUGUCAAUCCUUACUAUGUCUGGACCUGGUAAGUUUCACAGCUGCAAAAUGAAGCUAAGCAAUCCAAAAAUCACUUUUCUGGGCUAUCACCAGAGAGACCGCAUUCAAUAAGACAAUCAUUUUAUGAAGACAUCAGUCAAGUUUACUCCACUUAAGACACUACUGUAUCAUUGGGCUAGAUCAACGAGGACAUGAGCAGAGUUGAAUUCAGCAUCAGUUAACCAGUGAGUGAAUUCUUUCCCUGCGUGACGGCCUGAUUGUCGGAAAACUGAUAAUGCACCUUCACGUGGUUCAACUUGCCAUUGCAUUUCAUUUCUGACAUGAGUGGGAGACAACAUGAAGUUCUUGAAAUAAUGUGUUGUGAUGAAGAACGUUGUUUGUUGUAAUUUUGUUGUUUGUUGUAAUUUUGUGUGUUGUGCUUUUGUGUGUUGUGUUUUGCUUAAUGUUAAACUAUCUUAAUUUGUACAAAAUGGGUUAUUAUCAAUAAUAUUUGUUGUUCAUAUAUGUUAAAUUCCUCUACACCUCUCUCGUACUCAGCACUAAUACGUGGUAAAUUAAUCCAAUUUCGAUCCAUAUUCCUAAAUAUUACAUGCAUGCUUUGUUUAACUCAUUCAAUUGCAUGAUCAUUGAUUUUAUUUGUAUGGACACAUAUAGAUAAAUCUAGACAUGAAGAAAUUCUCGUCUUCGUCUUCGCAAAUUCUUCCCAACCCUAAUUCUCACACUCACUCACGACAGCAAAAUCCCUAACUCAUGAAAUCCCUAAUUCUCAUUUCAUUUUUUCUGUUUAACUUAAAAAAACAAUCAAAAUCACUACUUCCCUCAUUCCCUGCCACGUAUAUAGUUUUUUUCAUAAAACUAUUAUCCACCGAAUAAUCAACCUUAAACGACAAUUAGGAUUGAUGAUGAUUAACUUAAGCUAAAACAUGAUCAUUACCAAUAGGACCGUAAUUAGGCUGACGUUAAUCCGAAGCCCAUUAUGAAAUCUAUUAUUAAAAUAGAAUGACUCAAUUUCUCACAAAGCAAAGCUAGAUUGAAGAUACUAAUCCAUGAUAAUGAAAAAAAAGCCUUUAGAAUACACAAAUGUACUUUUCAAAAAAGUUUUCCAUAAUCUAAAUUCCGUCCAAGGCUAAAUAUUGGCGAGAGACCGAUAGCGAACAAGUACCGCGAGGGAAAGAUGAAAAGGACUUUGAAAAGAGAGUCAAAGAGUGCUUGAAAUUGUCG